AUGAUUUGGUGCAGGUCAUUCAAUUUUUGUGCACUUCAAGCUCUACUGGCACUACCAUGCUUUCAUGUUAUUAUGUGUGCAAAGCAGAUUAUGUUGUUUCAUGGUGAAAACCUCAAGGUAGUAGAUGAAUUGGGUCUAUCAUGGAAAGCCACAAAUCCUCAAUUCAAGUAUGUAGGAUCAUCAAGUGGGCGUUGCAUCAAAAUUGAGGCAGAGAACUGGAAGGUUCCCCAUUCAAGCCAGGACCGCUGGCAGACUUUGGUAGUUGCUUCAAAGAAUGAACAUUCCUCAAUGCUACAUGAACUUGCAAUUGAAGAGGAUCAUAUCAGGUUUGAUCACAAUGGAUUAUCUGUGAACUUGAGGAUCACAUUGACAAAUGCUGUGGACAGGCCACCAUCUGUGGAUACCUCCCCAGAGCCCUAUUACACAGUAACCAGGGCUUCAAGUUCAAAUGUAAAUUAG